ACGCCAUAAACAAUAAUUAUCAAACUGAAAGCACUGAAACCUUCCUGACUCUGGCCUCUGGGUCGUAGGUUCGGAUUCUCACACACCACCAUCCAAUUUCAAACCUAGCUUCGAAAGUCAAACACCCAUUCGAAAUUGAAACUACCCAUUCUUCAAUUUGCAGAUUGAACACGAAGUCACAAUGAUCUCUAUAGUUUAGGGUUAGCUACAAAUAAAUGAUCGAAAGUUCUUCAUAUAUACACCCACAAUAUCAGUUCCAAUUGUAAAAAUCAUAUAUUCAGAUCCCAAUUCAUCCAAGAUUUCCAAUCUCAGAAAACUUACACAUCUCGGAUCGAUUUAUUGGUUUGCUGAUCGUUCUGGAGAAAUGAACCCUAAUUUUUGGAUGAUUGUUUUACUUGUUGGAACUGUUAUAAGAAUUUAUGUAGAUAAUGUGGAUUUUUCUUGAAGAAAAGUGAGAAAAUGGAAAAGAGGAGAUUGCCAUCAUGGAUGGUAAGUGCAUCAACUACUAAUAAAGUGAGCAAAGUUAGCAAACCCAUUGAUCUAGAUUCGAGCAGUGUCGUAACGAGUGAUGAAGUGAGCGUCGUGACCAAGUCUACAAAGCUAAAGGCAAAAGGCGUAGCCCGGAAUCAUAAAAAAGAGGUCGGUCUUUCUAGUGAUGAGAGUUUGCUAGUUACAAAGCCAAAGGCAAAAGGUGUAGCCCGGAAUCAUAAAAAAGAGGUCGGUCUUUCUAGUGAUGAGAGUUUGCUAGUUAAAUGUGAAACAAAGAGAAAGAAAAGAGGGUUUGUUGAGAAAGAUGUGGUUGACGGUCCUGAUCAUGAUCAUGAUCGUGAUCAUGAUCAAGAAGUCAAUGUUGAGAAGAGGAAGCGUGCAAGGGUUAAACGGAAAGCUGAAGAACCCGAGCCUUCAAGAAAGAAAAGUGAAAAAAGAUUUGAAUUUGAUAACGGUAGUGGUAGUGAAACUCAGUCUUUAUCUUGUGACGAAGAGGAUGAUGAUCUGACCAUGGAUGAUGUAUUAAGCAUCGCGAAAGAGUUUGUUGAAAAUGAUAAGAGAGAUACGAGUCAACAGAAGCCGCCAAAAGUACAAAGUGAAUUGAGAAGUGAAUCUCCUCCAUAUGUUAGAUCACCCACGCACGAAGAAACAGACUCUCAUCACGAACCUGUUGAAACUACAAGUAAAACUACACUAGCGGAUUCCAUCAUGACUGGCGAUCCAGCCCAAGACAUGCUGGAUGUGUUUCUGGGGUCUUUACUAAAGAAACCAAUAGCGAAAGACGAGACCAGUUCAACUUAUGAUAUCACGAUUCCCCAUGAAACUAAGAAUCAACAACAUAAUGCUGUUAUUUCGAACAAACCAGUCAUGUUGACGAAGAAAAAAAGCAGCCUCAGGGAUGCAGUUGCUAUGCUUCUUGACUGAGAACGAAUUCCAGAUUCGUUUAAGUAGAAUCAAUGCGUGACGACGGGUACAAGAUAUUUUAGUGGAUUUUAUAGAAGUUUAGAACUUGUAGAUAUAUAGAACUUUGUGCCUUUUUUAAUACUUGUUUGAUUAUCAAAUAGAAGAUAUAGGAUCACAUUUAUUUCAGAACCAAUAUUAUGUUGAGAACCACGAAAACCAUUUGCCACCA